AUAAUCCAUCCCAACUUCCCAACUGAUCAUCAACUUCCAAAGUGAUCAUCAACUUCCCAACUGAUCAUCAACUUCCCAAGUGAUCAUCAUGACAACAAUGGAAGACAAAAGAUGUGCACUUGUAACCGGAGGAAACAAAGGAAUUGGAUUCGAGAUAUGUCGUCAACUAGCCUCAAACGGGAUCARAGUCRUAUUAACAGACAGAGACGAGAGUAUUGGAGUCGAAGUUGUUCAAAAACUCAAUUCUUCUGGUUUUCCAGAUGUCGUUUUUCAUCAACUUGAYAUCACGGAUCCGAAAAGCAUUGCUUGUGCGGUCGAUUUCGUCAAAACCCAUUUCAAAAAACUCGAUAUCUUGGUCAAUAAUGCAGGACAUAUGGGAAUGGUUGUUAUCAAUGAAGAAGAAUUUAGAGCCGGAGAUGGAUUCAUGCAAGUUUUGGACGAAAAGGCGCAUCUUUUAACGGGUAUUGUGAAGCAAACUUACGAAAUGGGGAAAGCUUGUGUCGAAACAAAUUACUACGGAGCUAAAGCAGUAACAGAAGYGUUUCUUCCUCUUCUUCAGCUCUCCAAGUCACCAAGAAUUGUGAACGUCACCUCCCUUUACGGAGAGUUAUUCUGGAUCCAUAACGAGAAGUUGAGGAACGAGCUACGAGAAAUGAAGGAUGUAACUGAAGAACGAGUUGAUGAGAUUGUUGAGUCGUUUUUGAAGGAUUUCAAGGCCGAUAAAUUGGAAGAGAACGGAUGGCCUCUAACAGUGUCUGCUUAUAAAAUCUCGAAAGCUGCUCUCAAUGCUUACACAAGGCUUAUGGCCAAGAAGCAUCCCAAUAUACUUAUAAAUUGUGCGCACCCUGGUUACGUGAUAACGGAUAUGUCGGCUCAAACGGGCUUCAUUACCCCCGAAGAAGGUGCAAAAGGUCCRGUAAUGGCUGCUUUGUUGCCCGAAAAUGGUCCUUCUGGCGUAUACUUUAGUCAAAUGGAAAUUGGCUCAUUUUGAGUAUCAGAAGGCCAACGAAUAAAAGAAUCACAUGUAUUGCUCAUACUUUACGUUUUUUUUUAUUCAAUAACCGUAUCAUAUUACGGAUGUGAUGUUUCAUAUUACGGAUGAGAUCUUAAACAACUAUCGGUUUCUGCAAGUC